GGGACAUUGUGGUGAGAAGGUAUAUGUUCGGGUGCUCUGAGCACACUGACAGGUACAACAUGUAAAACACGGUUUUAAACUUUAAGUCAAUAUUAUUAAUAAUUUUAAUGAAAAUGACUCUUCGCCUCACGUAAAGCGACAAACGCGAGAGCAGUACGUCUCGUUGCAGCUUCUCGACUGCAGUGACGGGACCGUUCGCUUCGGCGUUCCGUGCAGUACAAGUCCCCAGACCCCUCAGCUGCCCAUCAAUUUGCCUCUCAGGAUUCUAUUGGGACUUCUCUGGAUCUGACGGCAUCCACUUUGUGGUCCCUCAGUUUCUGACUCUUCGGCAAGGAUUUUGUUUGAAAACACAGGUGGUACAGCAAAGUGGACGAGGGCAGGAAUGGAGCCUAGGCUCACACUGUGGUUGGUAGUCCUUCUGGGCUUCUCCUGCAGCUCCUGGACCUUGAAUCCCGAUGAUCCUAAUGUUUGCAGUCAUUGGGAGAGCUAUGCAGUUACAGUCCAGGAGUCCUAUGCCCAUCCAUUCGAUCAAAUCUACUACACGAGAUGUACUGAUAUACUCAAUUGGUUUAAGUGCACAAGGCACAGGAUUAGCUACAAGACAGCCUACCGGCGGGGCGUGAGGACCAUGUACCGGCGCCGUUCUCAGUGCUGCCCAGGUUACUUCGAGAGCGGAGACCUCUGUGUCCCCCUGUGCACAGAGGAGUGUGCCCAUGGCCGCUGCGUCUCUCCUGACUCUUGUCAGUGUGAGCCCGGCUGGGGGGGUGUGGACUGCUCCAGUGGCUGUGAAAAUGACCACUGGGGACCUCACUGCAGCAACCGCUGCCAGUGCCAGAACGGUGCACUGUGUAACCCAAUCACAGGUGCCUGCGUCUGUACUGAUGGCUACCAGGGCUGGCGCUGUGAGGAACCCUGUGAGCCCGGCUUCUAUGGCAAAGGCUGCCAGCUGGAAUGCCAGUGCCUUAAUAGGGCCACCUGUCACCAUGAGACGGGCGAGUGUUUGUGUGGUGCGGGCUACACCGGAGCAUUCUGUGAGGAGCAGUGCCCCCCUGGCAGUCAUGGACCCCAGUGUGAACAGCGCUGUCCUUGUCAAAAUGGAGGGGUGUGUCACCAUGUCACUGGGGAGUGCACCUGCCCUCCUGGCUGGACAGGCCCUGUGUGUGCCCAGCCCUGCCCGUUUGGCAAGUUCGGCAUCAACUGCAGCCAGGACUGCCCCUGCCGCAACAAUGGGUUGUGUGACCACAUCACCGGGCAGUGCCAGUGCUCCCCGGGAUACAGUGGAGAGAGGUGUCAGGAGGAGUGUCCCAUGGGAACAUAUGGGCCACAGUGCGCUCUCAAGUGUGAUUGUCAGAAUGGUGCCAGGUGCUACCACAUCAACGGGGCAUGCAUGUGUGACGUGGGCUUCAAGGGGCCACAUUGUCAGGAGCGCUUCUGCCCCCCUGGUCUUUACGGCCUCAUUUGCGACAAGUACUGUCCCUGCAAUGCCACCAACACACUUAGUUGCCAUCCUUUGUCAGGAGAAUGCAUGUGUGCAACCGGCUGGGCAGGACUCUACUGCAAUGAGACCUGUCCAUCUGGUUACCAUGGCGAAGGCUGCAGCCAAUUGUGCAGCUGUGCCAAUGGAGCAGACUGCGAUGGCGUCACCGGGGCCUGCAUAUGUGCACCUGGCUUCACGGGGGAAGACUGCACAGUGGGCUGCCCCCCUGGCUUCUAUGGCACGAACUGUUCCUCACCUUGUUCCUGUCGCAACGAGAUAGCCUGCUCCCCUGUUGAUGGUUCCUGCAUUUGCAGAGAAGGCUGGCAGGGUGUGGACUGCUCCAUCGUGUGCUCCAGUGGCACCUGGGGCCUUAGUUGCAACCAGACCUGCACAUGUGCCAAUGGGGCAGCCUGCAACCCCGUGGAUGGCACCUGCACCUGUUCACCAGGCUGGAGGGGGGAGAGCUGUGACAUAUCCUGUCUUGAUGGCACAUAUGGGCUGGAGUGCCGUGAACGCUGUGACUGCAGCCAUGCCAAUGGAUGUGACCCAGUGAGUGGGCAUUGCCGAUGCCUCGCUGGCUGGACAGGAAUCCACUGUGACAACAUGUGCCCCCAAGGAUGCUGGGGACCCAACUGCUCCAUGUCCUGCACCUGUGAGAAUGGGGGUUCCUGCUCCCCUGAAGACGGCACUUGUGUGUGCGCCCCUGGAUACCGUGGAACAUCCUGCCGCCGCAUCUGCUCCCCAGGGUUCUACGGACACCGCUGCAGCCAGUCGUGCCCACAGUGUGUCCACAGCAGCGGACCAUGUCACCACAUCACUGGCCACUGCGAGUGUCUGCCUGGCUUCUUUGGCCCACUGUGCAACCAAGUGUGUCCCAGUGGCAGGCAUGGCAAGGGCUGUGAGGAGGUGUGCCUCUGCACCAACAACGGCACCUGCAACCCCAUUGAUGGCUCCUGUCAGUGCUUCCCAGGUUGGAUUGGCAUCGACUGCUCCCAGGCCUGUCCCCAUGGCUACUGGGGUCCUGACUGCCUCCACAUGUGUAACUGCCACAAUGGAGCCCUGUGCAGCGCCUACGAUGGGGAGUGCAAAUGCAGCCCUGGCUGGACUGGACUCUACUGCACGCAGCACUGCCCUGCAGGGUUUUUUGGCAAGGACUGUGCAGAGGUGUGCCGAUGCCAGAACGGUGGCGACUGCGACCACAUAAGUGGUCAGUGUGCAUGCCGGACGGGCUUCAUAGGGAACAACUGUGAGCAGAAGUGUCCUUCUGGAACAUUUGGAUAUGGAUGCCAGCAGCUCUGUGAGUGCAUGAACAAUGCCACCUGCGACUACGUAACGGGCACCUGUUACUGCAGCCCAGGCUACAAGGGCAUCCGAUGUGAUCAGGCGGCUCUAAUGAUGGAGGAGCUGAACCCCUACACCAAGAUCAGCCCAGCGAUGGCGUCAGAACGACAUUCAGCAGGAGCUGUGAUGGGCAUUAUCUUCCUGCUCCUCAUCAUCAUGGCAAUGCUCGCUCUGUUUGUGUGGUAUCGGCAGAGGCAGCGGGAGAAGGGCAACGACAUGCCCAGCGUGUCCUACACCCCGGCGCUGCACCUCACCAGUACUGACUACUCCCUCUCCGAAACUCCGCAGACCAGUGGCAGCGCUCACUCUUUCUUCAACCCCAGCUACCACACACUGGCCCAGUGUGACGCCGCGCCGCACCUCACCAACAACUUGGACGCCAAAUCCACCGCGAAGAUGAAAAGCAAGAGCAGAGGCCGCGCUGGAGCCGCGGACUGGAGGGACUACUGCAACCUGAACAACCUGGAUUACAUGAAGGGCUCCAUGUGCAGCUCAAGCACCUGUUCUCUGAACAGUGAGAACCCAUACGCCACCAUCAAAGACCCCCCCAGUGGCACCUGCAAGCACACUGAGAGCAGCUAUGUGGAGAUGAAGUCCCCAGCACGCCAUGAGCUGCCCUGCUGCUCCUCUGCUGCUGCCGGAUCUGUGGCCAACAGGAACGUGUAUGACGUGGAGCCUACAGUGAGCAUUCUGCAGGGAGCCAAUGGAAUAGCGACCGGUUUUUCCCAGAACCCUUACGACCUUCCACGCAAUAGCCACAUCCCCAGCCACUAUGACCUGCUGCCCAUGCGCCACAGCCCCACCCACACCUCACCUCCUACUGAGAGCCCGCCUGACUCCCUGCUAUAGAAGGCAGCUCAGCCUG